CCAUCUUUGUUCCUCUGACUCAUAAAUAUUUGCAAAGCUUACAAAAGGAUAGUCAUUUUCCCAAUAAGCACUACAAGCUGCUGUUUCCUUUUGAAUUUUCUUUUAUACAUCAGGUUAACCAGUCACUACUAUGGAGAAAGAAGCAAGACCAUCGUGGGACAACCCAAUGCAGUUUGUGCUAGCAUGUGUGUCUUAUGCAGUGGGGCUUGGAAAUGUCUGGCGCUUUCCAUACCUCUGUCAAAUGCAUGGAGGAGGUGGGUUCAUGAUCCCAUAUCUCAUCAUGCUGGUUCUGGAGGGAAUUCCUCUUUUCUGUAUGGAACUGGCAAUUGGGCAGAAGAUGCGCUUGGGCAGCAUUGGAGCAUGGAGUGCCAUCAGUCCCUACCUGGGUGGAGUAGGCAUAGCUAGUGUUGUGACAUCACUGUACCUGUGCCUGUAUUAUAAUGUGAUCAAUGCCUGGAGUUUCUGGUAUCUUUUCCACUCAUUUCAGACUGUGUUGCCAUGGUCACAAUGUCCUGUCAACAGUAAUCGAACUGGCUUUUUGGAGGAGUGUGAGGUUGCCACACCCACACAGUAUUUCUUUUUUCGUGAGACACUGAACAUCUCAUCCUCCAUUGAUGAAAAUGGAAGCCUGCACAUGGGCCAAGCACUCUGCCUCCUGCUGGCCUGGUUGAUUGUUUAUUUGUUCAUUGUUAGAGGGGUCAAGUCCACAGGAAAGGUAGUGUAUUUUACUGCCACAUUCCCCUAUGUGGUCCUCAUCAUCUACCUGAUUCGCGGUGUUACCCUCCAUGGGGCCUUGAAUGGAGUAAAAUACAUGUUCACUCCCAAGCUAGAGCAGUUGGCAAACCCUCAGACAUGGAUCAACGCUUCCACACAGAUCUUCUUCUCUCUGGGACUAGGCUUUGGCUCCCUCAUCGCUUUUGCUAGCUAUAACCAUCAUAAAAACAACUUUGAGAAACAGGCCAUCGUGGUUUCUCUCAUCAACAGUGGCACUUCUAUUUUUGCUAGCAUCGUUACUUUCUCUAUCUAUGGCUUCAAGGCUACUUUCAAUUAUGAAAGUUGCUUGGAGAGGACUAGACUAUUAUUACUGAAUACCUUUGAACUGGCUGAAGAUGCUGUGAAUAAGGACAACAUCACCUUCUGGAUAACUGAGCUAAAUCAUUCACACCCCGAGCAGUUUGAAACUAUUGCUAUCAAAUUAGAAACCUGCAGCCUGGAAGCAGAACUAGAUACGGCCGUAGAAGGCACUGGAUUAGCCUUCAUCGUGUACACUGAGGCGAUCACAAACAUGCCCAUAUCCCAACUCUGGUCUGUUCUCUACUUCAUCAUGCUGCUGCUGUUGGGAAUGGGAAGCAUGCUGGGUAAUGUCACUGCCAUCAUCACUCCACUCAGGGACUUCCAGCUGCUGACUCAAAGGCUCAGUAGUGAGACACUCAAUGGUCUGGUCUGUAUAUUCUGUCUGCUGCUGGGCCUUGGCUUCACCACUCGUCCCGGCAACUACUGGUUUACAAUGUUUAAUGACUACGGUGCUACAUUUUCCCUGCUUUUCAUCGUGCUUAUUGAGGUCAUUACUGUAUCCUACAUCUAUGGACUCAAGAGGUUUCAAAAAGACAUCGAGGACAUGCUGGGCCACCAGCCAAACUGGUACUGGAAAAUCAUGUGGGGGGCCAUCAGCCCUCUCCUGUUGAUCAGCAUGUUUGUCUUCUACAUUAUAAACUACAUUCAAGGGGGAACACCCACCUAUCAGGCCUGGAAUAAAGAAAUGGGAAAGUCUGUAGAGAUGGAGUAUCCUGUGUAUGGCCAGGCUUUCAUUGCCCUUCUACUAGUGUCGUCAGUGAGUUGUGUUCCCAUCACGGCCAUCUAUGCCUUCUGUAUGAGACGACAGCAUGGAACUGUGGUCCAGGAGCGCAGCAUUAACACCAUGACAUCUGCCAUAUAGGGAAGUCCAGCCUUCUUCCAAGAAGCUGCCCGAACUCCAUUUCAAAAAGACACUAACAGAAGCCACCCAAAACUCGCCAUGAUACAAUUCCACAAUUACUCACCAUCUUAACCACCUUUAACCAUGGUGCAUCAUUCAUAAAAUAAAAUACACAUUUCCAAGUAUUAUUAGUAUUAAUAAUUAAUUAAUUAAUAACUGUUCAUUAUAGAAGGUAUAAAAAAGUUUUUAAAAGAAUGUAUGUAGCUUUGGAAAUUAGAUUCUUUUGCUAAAUCAGGUCAAAGUAUCCACAAAAUUUAUUUUCAGUACAACUGUAAAACAUUCUUAGAUAGUAUUUUAUAGGAUUUCUGAAUGUAAAUAUGAUUACUUAUAAAUGCAAUUCAAUAAAUACACUCAUUUUAAUAAAAAUACAUUAUAUAACGUAAUGCAAAAAGUUGGAGUAACUUAAGCUGUUAUUUAACCAUACCUUAAAAACGAAUUGUUGAUGUAAUAAGUCACUUUCUGAGUAAAAUUGUCUUUUGGCAUAUCAUGGAGUAAAUGUGAAUGUAUUGAAGUGUAUUAUUUUCAGUAAUUUAUCUGAAUCUACUUUAAUGUCUAUUAUAAACUAAAACAAAUUCUAAAUUUAUAGAUCACUAAUGGACUGACUUUCAACAUUGUUAAAUAUUUAGUAUUAGUUUCAGGCUGAUUUCCUAUGUUAUUAAACUACAUAACCUAGAAUGUUUAUCUGAAGCCCUAGGUGUUGGUUAAUUUGCCACAUUUCAUUUUCAGACCACUGUCCACUGUGCAAGACUGUAGUACUGAACAUUGGUGUUCUGGAAGCGUUUUUCUCAUGAUAGGCACACAUUUAUCUUUUGUGGUGUAUUAUUCUUAAAACUUCGUUGCACAAAGAAGAAUCCCAGAGCAGAAGAGUAGAGAAAACCUAACACAGGAAUAUAGAAUGCCCCAAAAAAACCAAACAAAAGCAAAAGCCCCACAGACCUAACAAAAGUUUACUAUCUGUGUGAGCAUUUUUGCCCCUCCUCUCUGGUCUGAUGCUGAGCCUUUUGCAAGCUUGACCCUGAAGGAGAGCUCCUGGUCUUACGCCAUCCAGACAAGUGUAACCAGCCUGGAACCACAAGCCUGUGUCACUGACCCUCCGGUUGUGCCUGACAGACACAUCCAUGUGUCCCACAUUCCCUAAUAGGAUUGAAAUGUGUGGCUGGCUGUCAUUAGAACUUGUUAAGCUGUUAAAGCAAUGGCCAUUUUGAAAUUACAUUUAGGUAAAGAUUCAUUUUCAUUUUUAUUUUGUAAAUCAGUUUGUGGAUGUCAUAAAUAUCUUGUUUUGUAUCUCAAGUUGUACUCAGUCAUAAUUGUAAGUUGCUUUGGAUAAAUAGUGUCAGAUAAAUGUAAAUGUUGUGGUUUUAGGCCAUUGCAUCUCUCUUUCUGUUCAGUUCUCCCGACAUCUUCUUUCUAGGGAAAGUCUGUAGAGAUGGAGUAUCCUGUAUAUGGCCAGGCUUUCAUUGCCUUUCUACUAGUGUCAUCAGCGAGUUGUGUUCCCAUCACGGCCAUCUAUGCCUUCUGUAUGAGACGACAGCAUGGAACUGUGGUCCAGGAGCGCAGCAUUAGCACCAUGACAUCUGCCAUAUAGGGAAGUCCAGCCUUCUUCCAAGAAGCUGCCCGAACUCCAUUUCAAAAAGACACUAACAGAAGCCACCCAAAACUCGCCAUGAUACAAUUCCACAAUUACUCACCAUCUUAAACAUCUUUAACCAUGGUGCAUCAGUCAUAAAAUAAAAUACACAUUUUCAAAGAUUAUUAGUAUUAAUAAUUAAUUAAUAAAUUAGUAACUGUUCAUUAUAGAAGGUUUAAAAAAGGUUUUAAAAGAAUGUAUGUAGCUUUGGAAAUUAGAUUCUUUUGCUAAAUCAGGUCAAAGUAUCC